UAAAUUACCACAAACGAGACACAUAGAUAAUAGUAGUGGCGUUCUGCUCAUCUUAACAUGAGGUAACAGUUCAGUUUGUAGUGUUUUUCCCGUUAAAGUGAAGGAGUUUAGCUGUGUUGUCCCUCCGCUGGCCUCUAGGCGGGGCGGUUUCAGCUCUUUCUUUGUUUUCCAUCUCUCCUCCGGUGCCCGUUGUGAUCUCUAUCAUACACGGUGGCUGACACAUUUAUUAAAACGUUUUUAUGAUGGCGGAGGAUAGUGAAUCCGCAGCCAGCCAGCAGAGCCUGGAGCUAGACGACCAGGAUACCUGCGGGAUAGACGGAGACAACGAGGAGGAGAAUGAGCAUAUGCAAGGGAGUCCAGGAGGAGAUUUGGGGGCCAAGAGGAAGAAGAAGAAGCAGAAGAGGAAGAAAGAGAAGCCGAGCUCGGGGGGAGCCAAAUCUGACUCUGCCUCUGACUCUCAGGAGAUAAAGAACCCUGGCUUGCCCAUUCAGAAACUGCAGGACAUCCAAAGAGCCAUGGAGCUGCUCUCCUGCCAGGGUCCAGCAAAGAGCAUCGAUGAGGCAGCCAAGCACAAGUACCAGUUCUGGGACACCCAGCCCGUGCCGAAGCUAAAUGAGGUGGUGACGAGUCACGGGCCGAUAGAAGCAGACAAAGAAAACAUUAGACAGGAGCCAUAUUCCUUACCUCAAGGCUUUAUGUGGGACACUCUGGAUCUCAGCAAUGCAGAUGUACUGAAGGAGUUGUACACAUUGUUAAAUGAAAACUAUGUGGAGGACGACGACAACAUGUUCAGAUUUGAUUAUUCACCAAACUUUCUCAAAUGGGCUCUGCGUCCACCUGGCUGGUUACCACAGUGGCAUUGUGGAGUGAGAGUGUCCUCAAAUAAGAAGCUCGUUGGGUUCAUCAGUGCCAUCCCUGCAGAUAUUCGCAUCUAUGACACACUGAAGAGGAUGGUUGAAAUCAACUUCCUGUGUGUCCAUAAGAAGCUGCGUUCAAAGCGUGUUGCUCCCGUGCUAAUCAGAGAGAUCACACGGAGGGUGAACAUAGAAGGAAUAUUUCAGGCAGUAUACACAGCAGGAGUGGUACUGCCUAAACCUGUGUCCACAUGCAGGUAUUGGCAUCGUUCUUUAAACCCCAGAAAGCUUGUGGAAGUUAAAUUCUCCCACCUGAGCAGAAACAUGACCCUGCAAAGAACCAUGAAACUCUACAGACUACCAGAUAGCACCAAGACUCCAGGUCUGCGGCCGAUGGAGAGGCGUGACAUCCGCCAGGUCACCGAGCUGCUACAGAAAUUCCUGAGACGUUUCCAGCUUGCGCCUUCUAUGGGAGAAGAGGAGGUGGCUCACUGGUUCUUUCCACAGGAAAACAUAAUUGACACAUUUGUAGUAGAGGGUGCCGGUGGUGUACUGACUGAUUUCACUAGUUUCUACACUCUGCCCUCGACCGUGAUGCAUCACCCUCUCCAUAGGAGCCUGAAGGCUGCUUACUCUUUUUACAACGUUCAUACACAAACCCCACUACUGGACUUAAUGAAUGACGCACUGAUUCUGGCCAAGCUGAAAGGUUUUGACGUGUUCAAUGCCUUGGAUCUAAUGGAGAAUAAGGUGUUCCUGGAGAAGCUCAAGUUUGGCAUAGGAGAUGGAAAUCUGCAGUAUUACCUCUACAACUGGAAAUGUCCCCCGAUGGACCCCGAUAAGGUUGGCCUCGUCCUUCAGUAGCAGGUCUCUUCAUGGCUGCUACACAAACACUGAUCAAGAGGUCGUGAGCGACCUCUGGCUAUUCCUUACCUGGACAUACAGGUAGCCCAAGCUAGACAAUGAGAACUACAACAGUAAAACCAACCUGGAGACUGGGAGACGGUUCAAGAACAUUCUCAGAUCACCCGGAGGUGAAAACUCUUAAAUCAUCAACAUCCUGAAUGUGAAGUCAUGCUAUGCCUGAGAUACUCAUACAGUACAACGCUCCUGACAUGCACACUCACAUUUAAAACAUACCAGUUUGACAUACAAGAGGAUGCCUUGACAUUGUGAGUUUUGUUUCGUUCUUCUUCCUCAGCAGACACCUCGUUACGACGGACUGGCAUGACCUUUAAUUUCACAGACAUUGAACUAUGUAAAUGAUAAUCAACAAGUUAACAUGACCACAAUACCAAACGGUAUGUUAUUGUGUCCCCACUGCAACGGCGGUUUUAAAGGCAUUUAAAGAGAUAUUAUUCCCAUCUCCUUCUCAUAUCAUUGUGGUCAGACGUUUCUCUGCUGGCUGUUUUUGGGCCUCAGUAGAAUUUAGAAAUGCUAAGAACUUGUUUCUGUGAUAGCUGACGUAUAAAAGAAAAAAAAAUGUUUUCCCUCAAGCAUUUAGGAGAAAAAUAUCUCAACUUUCACACACACACAGAAACACAAACGCUGUCAAAUAAUACACAAAAAAAUAUCUUCAUGGAAGGACUCACCUUUCCACUGGUGCAUUGAUAUACAUGUUUUUUGUUACAAAUAUAUAGUUACCUGUACAUUUAAAGCCAGAUCAUAUUUAUUCCUGUAGUGUGAGUUUGGGGUUUGGGAGGGCUGAUCCAAAGUAUUUUCCUCAUAGGUAGUGUAGAUGUGAAGAAUGUAUUGCAUCAAUGAAGCACAAUUUUUGAGUUUCUUAACAAGCAAAAGGGUCCUUUUUUUUAAAGGGUCAGAUUUCAAAGUGGAUGGGUUGCGGUACAAACUGUACAAUCUUAGUUUUUACAAAGGAUGUGAGCUGUUUUCAUGUUAUAAACCUGUUUCUAGAGUCAAUUUUUAAUAGAGCAUCUAAACCACAUGUUGGGUUAUAUUCACUGAUACGCUCAAGCAGUUCAGGGUUAUCUGCAUGUGAAUGCUGUGUCUUUCAGUUAGCAAGGCUGUUAAAUAAGAGGCAAAAGUUACAGUAGCUGAAAAAAAAGUAAGGAUGACAUGCUGAGUGCACAAGCAGGACAGUGAGAAUUACAGCAUCAAAGGCUGGAAAACAACGAAUACCAACUACACUAUACCCAGUGUGGAUUUGAUUUAGAUUUUGUACAAAAAACAUAUUUCAAAAUAGUCUGUGUGUCUGUCUAGAGACAGUUUUAUAGCGUAAAAAUGGCUUACUUGCUUUGAAAUGGUAAUGCUCUGUCAAGUCUCAUUUAAAGGGUCAGUUUUCUUUUGUUAAUUUAGUCAUUGCCACUCACAGAGCCUGAUGCAAAGCAGUGAAUAAGAGGCCCCUGUAAAGCAGCUGAUUGGCCAGAAGUACAACACCUUCUCUUAUUAAUACAUAACCGCCAAUUCCCUCGCCUGCAGUAGGAUGUUAAACUUUAUCAAACUCUCAGUUAAAUAAAACAAAGAGGAUCGAGCAUAACAUUGAAAGUGACUGGGGUAUAAUUUAGAAGCAUGUAUUCAGAGCACAGUGGCUGAAUGAACAAAAGCCUGUAUCAGUAACCGCAUCAAUUUUAAAUUUGAGCUUUUCCUGUUUAUCCAGGUCCAUUUUUAUUGACUUUGCUUUUUUAAAUGGUACUGUAUUUGUGUGUCUGAAAAAUAUACUGUGGGUAAUUUUUUAGUGUGUCGUGCAGCUAAAUGAAAAUUAUUUGACCAGUUCUGAUAUUUAUAAUUGUACUUUGUCUUAAGACAUAAUUCCUGUUUCUUUCCAGUACUUCCCCAAAUUUUCCAGUUAAAUAGGCAACUUCAAAACAGGUUUUUGAGGGUUUAGAGUAUUUGGCAUUUCCCUGUGCUCAACUGAGCGAUGAAGAUCUUUGAUGAUAAACCGUUGUCAGACCACUUGUUCUGUGGUGGAGCUGCUGGUGUACUCAAAAUGUUUUUUUUAAUUGUCUUCUUGCUCUGAGUCUGUUCCUUUUGUGUUUGACGCUCCUGUUCACGUGGCUCUGCAUAACUUAAGACGUAAAGGCUGCUGCCAUUUUUGUCGUUACUUUUUCUGUAUGUGAUGUAAUAUUCUUCUCAUCCCUUUAUAUAUUAGCAAGAAAAUGACACCCAAUGGACGGUCAGUGCUUCAGGACUCAAAGAUUUUAUUUUUUAUUUUGCCAUUGAACGUUACAUUGACAAAGACAGAUGUUUACCGGCAUUAAUUUAACACUGAAACUGGGUUAUCGAGUCAACGGUGUGCCUCAUGGAUGUUGGUUGUGUUGCCUGCAGCUGUUUGAAUGAACUUUGAGCAUGUCAGUUUUGCUGCUGUGAUGAUUUUUAGCGUUGAUGUUACUAGCCACGCCCUUUAGUGAGAACUCAACCUGAAGUACCUGCCUUAUUUAAAAGAUGUUUUGUUUCUUUUUAAUUAAGAUUUUGGGGUGGGAGGGGUGUGCUUUUGAAACGACAGACAGCUUUCUCUAACUGAAGAACAAUAUUUUUAUUCAAAUCCAUUGUAAGCUGUGAAAAAGCUGAAGUACUUGUACCAGCAUCAUUUAGACAUGACCCCCAUGCAGUUAACAAUCUGUUUCAACACACACGUCGGCUAUACCAGCAUGGAUAUUUGAUUGAAUAAACUCACUUUAAAAAGGGA